AUGGUUGGGCAGAAACUGUCAAUUGUUACUGAUAAACCUCAAACUACUCCUCAUCGAGUUCUUGGAAUAUGUUCUGGUCCAGAUCAUCAGUUCUUUCAUGUUAAUGAGUCAAGGAUUUCAUAUUUUCAGAAGCCUUCAGAUGUUGAAUUGGAGAAGGACAAUAAUGAUCUUAAGGAGGAGGCUGAAGCGCAAGAAGAAGCCUGGAAACAGACCCUAGCUUCCUUCAAAGAACAAGCGAUGAAGGUGCAAGCUGUGUCACAAGAAGCGUAUGAGGUGUAUUCCGAUAAAGCUAUGAUCAUUUUGAAAGAAACUUCUGAGAAAUUAAAAAUUCAAGCGGAUAAGGCAAGAGAAGAUUGGACUAUAAUUGCAAAGGAAAUUAGUGAGGAGAGUAAAGAAUAUUUAACCACUGCUGCUGAGAAAUCACCUGAACCAGUGAAGGAUAUUGUUGAAACAUUUGUUUCCUCUGCAGAUGAAUUGAAUGACGUGUCGAAAGUGCAAGACUUCUAUGUGGGAAUACCUUACGGAACUCUUCUUUCUGCUGGUGGCUUUUUGUACUUCAUGCUAAGUGGAAGCACUGCUGCCCUUAGAUUUGCUGUUGUACUUGGAGGUGCUCUUUUGGCCUUAAGCGUCUCAAGUUUACGAUCAUGGAGAAGUGGAGAUUCGACUUCACUAGCUUUAAAGGGACAGGCAGGUUAGCAUUUGAGAGACUAUAUAUC